AUGUUUAUCUUUCUUUCAUUUUUAUUCUGUCAGUUUUACCUCAUCCGUCUCCUUUUACCCCCUCUCUCUUUCUUUCUUUCUUUCUUUCUUUCAUUCUUUCUAUUUUUGUCACAUUCUCACUUUGAUCUCCGCUUCUUUCACCAAUUCCCCUCCCCUCUCUUAUUUAUACAUUCUCUCUCCGUUUUUCUUCCUUUCUUUCACUUCCGUUCUUUCCUUUUUUCCCCCCCUCUUUUUCUUUUUAAUUCUCUCUCUCCCCCUCUCUCUCCCUCUAGCUAUUUAUCUCUGUCGAUAUCUAUUCAUAAAGGCCUGUUAAUAUCUAUCUAUCUAUCUAUCUAUCUAUCUAUCUAUCUAGCCCUUUGGGAUCUAUCUAUCUCCGUCUGUCCGUAUCUAUCUAUCUAUCUAUCUGUUGUGUCAAGUUUCAACACUAUCUAUCUAUCUAUCUAUCUAUCUAUCUAUCUAUCUAUCUAUCUAUCUAUGUCGGUCUGUUCGUAUCUAUCUAUCUCCGUCUGUUCCUAUCUAUCUAUCUAUCUAUCUAUCUAUCUAUCUAUCUAUCUAUCUAUCUCAGUCUGUUCAUAUCUGUCUGUGUGUCUAUCUAUAUAUCUAUCUUUGUUUAUAUUUAUCUAUCUCGCCGAAGAUUCCUAUCGCCUACAUACCCAGCAGAACAUUUCAUGA